CUGCGCGCGAGAGCGAGAAGGUCCGGUUAUCGGGAUCUUGCAGGCGGCAACUCCGCCCGGGGUGGAACUAAAGGCAGGGUGACCCCAGAUGCCUCACCCGCAUCCCCGGGGGCGGAGUGGGGUUUGGGGGCGGGAAAUGCAGCGAGCAACCCGGCCGCGAUCGAAGCAGCUUGGAGGAAACCUCUCCCCGGAUCUCGGCCAGCAGCAGCAGCAGCCAAGAACUCGGCCCAGACCCCGAGGGGCGGAGACGCAGGAAGGAGGCGCCUGCGGAGCCCAGCCCAGCUCAGGGAAGGAGACCUCCCUCUUCUCCUUCCUUCUCCGGCUUUCUCCAUUCUCGAUCCCAGUUACAAAACUCCUCGUAGUCCGUGGACGGCUUGCUGGGCGAAGAUCAUGGUGCCUGAGCUGGAGAAAGCGACUGUCCGAAUGAAGGAUCCUGAACGCGUAAAAAAUGUAAUUUCAGCCCUCAGAAAAGGUGGGGUAGGAAAAUUCCAGGUCAUUUCUGAUUUUGACAUGACUCUGACUCGGUUCGGGUUCAACGGUCGGCGCUGCCCUACUUCCUACAAUAUCAUAGAUAACAGCCGGGUCAUCAGCGAAGAAGGCAAGAAAAAGCUAAAAGAUCUGCUCCAACAUUACUACCCUAUUGAAAUUGAUCCUUACCGGACCAUGGAGGACAAGUUGCCCCUCAUGAUAGAAUGGUGGACUAAGGCCCACGACCUCCUGGCUCAACAGAAGAUAAAGAAAAGCGAUAUUGCCCAGGUUGUGAAAGAGUCGGAUGUCAUGCUCAGAGACGGCUUCAACAUCUUAUUUGACCAGCUUCACCAGAACAAAGUACCCCUCUUCAUCUUCUCGGCAGGUGUGGGUGAUGUGCUAGAGGAGAUAAUUCACCAGGCUGGGGCGUUCUAUCCCAAUGUCAACGUGGUCUCCAACUACAUGGAUUUUGACGACAGCGGAGUUCUGCGAGGUUUCAAAGAGCCCCUCAUCCACACCUACAACAAGAACAACACGGUCCUGAAGGAUACAGAGUAUUUCCAGCAGCUGUGCACAAGGACAAACAUCUUACUCCUUGGAGAUUCCAUGGGCGAUCUCAGUAUGGCAGAUGGUGUCGUUGAUGUGGAGAACAUCCUCCGGGUUGGCUUCCUGAAUGACAGGGUGGAGGAACAGCGGGGGAAGUACCUUGAAGCCUAUGAUAUUGUGCUGGAGAAAGAUGAAACGUUGGACGUAGCAAAUGGCAUCCUUCGUUUCGUUUUGGCCGAAACAGCCCAAGCCACACAGCCCACUUGUCCUUGACAACAAGCUGCCAAGAGAUACUCCCUCCUCCAUUUCUUACUGCCCUUUGCUAUGCCAUAGACACAUACCAGUUCUCCCCGUUUCUUGCCACUGUCAGUAUCAUAGAUCAUUAAAACUGAGCCGAGCUGACAUGUAGCCUCUUCUCUCAACCACCCUGUUCCUUACUUUAAACCCAAUCCUGGCUGCACAAGGCAAGACAUGUGGAAUCGCCUUGCGGUACAUUUCUUGGCGGACCAAAAUGUAGAAUUUGUGAGGAAGCAAUCGGGCCUCUAAAAGGCAAGCCAACGCUUGAAGUUUCACCUUGGGGUACUGCUAGAUUUAGUUACGAGGACAAAUUUCCAGAGCGAACCAAUUGCAUUUAAAAUCACCCCAGGUCUAUGGCAACUUUCAGGUGUGAAUUCCUGCUGGUUUCUUGUUCGCAGCAGGCUGAUGAUGUGAAGGGGUUGUGGACUCCAAACUGGGCUGUUUGCACCUCCUUGUGGCUUUGCCGCAUUGUGCAACCCGAUUGUGCACAUAGCGAUCGCUUCAUAUAAGCAGAGAACACCCAGAUUCCAUGUUUUGCAGUGGAUUCUUGCGAAGUGUUGCUGCAGGUUUGCAGCCUGCUGUCUGCUAGCUGUGGGUCAAUGCAAUUUCAGCCACUCUGUUCCUCUUUAAGCCACGCCAUCCCUGGCUCUCUUAUGGCUUCCUCUGUUGCAGCAGACACCAGGACAAUGUUUCCUUAACGGCAUUGUCUAUUUUUUAAAAAGGCCACAAUUCGUGUUUAUUCAUAUGCACUGUCCCCCUGCCCCACUGCAUGUGGAACAUCUCUUAAAACGAAAAUCUAAACAUAAUACAGGGUGCCAAUGGUGAAAUUUACUUUUCAGUCAAAGCACAAGCCAGUGAUUUAAGAGGACAUGAAUGCUCGUCUGCUGUAUUGAACCAAACUGAUAAAGUUGGAGGUCUUUGGCAGAAAUUCAGGCCUGUAAAGUUGGGUAAAUUACCUUGGCUAUACUCUUGGCAGGUGAACAGCCUAACUGGAAUCCUGCAAGCUUGAGGCAAAUGUUUUGUUUGGGUGGAACCGGUGUGUGCUGGUACAAUUUCAGUUUCCUUUAGGAGUGUAACUCUUGUUCCACGCUGGACGAAACAAAUGUUUAACUUGGGUAGUUUUGCCCUUUAAUGCCAGUUCAAAUGUGUGGUAAAUCAUCUUUUUAAAAGAUACCUUGUUUGUUACGGGGGGUGCUUUAUAUGAUUGGAAGUUUGACAGCCAGGUUGAAUAUUCAUCAUUGAGACGGCACAGUAGAAUGGGAUAUUCUUGUAUGAGUUAUACAAGACAGUUUUAAAUAAGAGCAGGGGAAUGGCAUCUUCU